CGGCAGGAGACAGCGCACCCACUGUGCAUGCGCCGGGAUAUCCGUCCGUCGCCAGCCGCUGCCCAUGACGCGGCCUCUGAGCAUGCGCCCUGGCCUGGCACGGGGAAGUAUGCCGUGCGCCUGCGCAGUGUCUCCCGAGGCUGCCUGUCGCCAGUAGUGGUGUCUCAGUGUGCAGCAGAAGGAGCGGAGGAGGAAGAGCAGCUCCGGCCGGGCAGUGCCCAUCACCUCUCGCCGCCAGCAGGGAAGUCUCUCCGGGCUGUCACCUCGCCAGCACCGCGGGCUCGCCGCUUCCUUACUGGAUCCGGUCUCUCACUGGGAUUUGUAGCUGAGCUGUGACCCCUAUUUCGGCCUGUCAGGCAGGAGGGGAGCGGGAGCCAUUACUUACGCCCCCGGCUGUCCGGUGCUUGAGGAGUGGCAUGAACACCAACAUCAUGUACGCCAGCAGGAAGAGGCGAAAACCCGUCCAGAAAACGGUGAAGACAACACAAUCUGAUGGUGUCAAGUCCAACCCAUCGAAGAGGCACAGAGACCGCCUAAACACUGAGCUGGACAGAUUGGCCAGCCUUUUGCCGUUCAACCAAGAAAUCAUAUCUAAACUUGACAAGCUUUCUGUGCUGAGGCUCAGUGUCAGCUAUCUCAGGGCGAAGGGCUUUUUUGAAGUUGCAUUACAAGGUUCCAAGGCAGACGGCAAUGGCUCUAGUGACAAUCGAAGAACAGUUAAGACUGGAGAUGAUUUACGUCUACUUGAAGGAGAACUUUUGUUACAGGCACUCAAUGGAUUUGUUUUGGUGGUUGCUGCUGAUGGCCUUGUGUUCUUUGCUUCAUCCACCAUUCAGGACUAUCUGGGGUUUCAGCAGUCUGAUAUCAUUCACCAAAGUGUUUUUGAGCUGAUUCAUACAGAAGAUCGGCCUGAAUUUCAGAGUCAGCUACACUGGGCUCUGGACCCUGCUCAACCAGACGCUCAGAGGUCUCCAGAUGACAAUGACUUCUCAAUUAUACCAUCAUGCUACAACCCGGAGCAGCUCCCUCCUGAGAAUUCCUCCUUCAUGGAAAGAAACUUUGUCUGCAGACUGCGGUGUCUGCUGGAUAACUCUUCCGGGUUCUUGGCUAUGAAUUUUCAAGGACGUCUAAAGUUUCUUCAUGGACAGAACAAGAAAGGGAAAGAUGGAUCGCUAAUUCCCCCACAGCUUGCGCUCUUCGCGCUGGCUACUCCGCUGCAGUCUCCUUCCAUCCUGGAGAUCCGAACCAAAAACUUCAUCUUCAGAACAAAGCACAAGCUAGACUUCACCCCAAUUGGGUGUGACACAAAAGGAAGUAUUGUGCUGGGGUACACUGAAGCUGAGUUGUGUGUCAGAGGAACCGGCUAUCAGUUCAUUCAUGCUGCAGAUAUGAUGUAUUGUGCAGACAAUCACAUCCGAAUGAUCAAGACUGGGGAGAGUGGCAUGACUGUAUUCAGACUUCUUACUAAAGAGAGUGGAUGGGCUUGGGUCCAAGCAAACGCGCGUCUUGUUUACAAAAAUGGAAGACCAGAUUACAUCAUCGCAACCCAAAGACCUCUUUCAGAGGAAGAAGGAGCAGAGCACUUAAGAAAGCGAAGCUCACAGCUGCCUUUCGUUUUUACAACUGGUGAGGCUGUUUUGUACGAGCCCUCGUUUCCUUUCCAAGGCCUAAUGGUCCCCACACAAAAUAAACUUAAAGGCUCUUCAACUAAAGGAACCCCUGCCAAAGCGACUUUAAAUGAGCCCCCUGUCAAUCCUGCAUCUCUCCUGGGAGCCAUGCUGCGGCAGGACGAGUCUGUGUACAUUUGUCCACCAGCUCAAAACACUGUUUCUUUUGACAGCUUUUUCAAAGUCUCCACAGAUGAACUAAGCAGUAACUUUACCAGUGUUUGGCAUGACAAUCUGAUACCCAUAGCAAAUAACAAUAUGAAGCAAGAGGAAGCAACUUUUUCCCAAGGAAAGAGUGCAGACCCCAUUCCAGAGGGAAAAAACAACGAGCUUUACAAUAUUAUGAGGACUUUGGGCAUCAACUUUGAUGAUCUGGAGAUGAUACAGCAAGACGACGAGUUUUUCCGAAGUGAAAUUGAAUAUCCAGAUAUUGGGGAGAUUGAUGUGGCAGAUGAAAUUCUGUCUUAUGUUCAGGAUUCUCUCAACAAAAAGUCAGAUUGCAUGUUUAUGAACCCACUUCAGCAAUUGCCAUGUGAGCAAGACUCCAGCAGUGUAACACAAGACAACUUGGACACGUCACAGAUGCAUCAGCCAAACCAAGUGAUGCCACAACAGCUGUGUCAUAAAAUGAAACACAUGCAAGUCAAUGGCAUACUCACAAACUGGAACUCUGUGAGUGGCAGCGCCCCUUACCAGGAACAGCCAAGUGAACAGUAUGUUCCCAGCCUCAACAACAUGGCUCCAGAAUUUUACAAAGCUGAACUCAGCAGUGCUCCAUUUGUUUGCAAGGAGGAAUAUAUGCCUUACCCGGAGUCGCUGCCCGCUGUGGCACUGCCGGCUAACCUUACACAGAUAGACUUUGAUCUUGGAAACGUGGAACAAUCAAUGUACCCUGCUCCUUCAAACUUGGAUGGCUUCUUGGAAUGUUUAUCACAGACACCUGAAAUCCAAGAUUGUGGCUUAAAUGCACAGACAGUAAUGAUGACUUCCCAGCCUUGCUAUUCUGGUGCUGUGUCUAUGUAUCAGUGCCUACCGGAGCCCCAGCCGUCCUGUCUGAAUCAAAUGCAGUAUAACACAGUGAUGCCAGCUCAGCAGCAGUUGCUAAACAAACAAUUUCAAAAUGGUUUUAACGGUGGAAAUGUAAAUGAAACUUAUACAGCACCAAUAGAUGUGGUAAAUAGCACCCAGACUGCCACACAUCUACCAGCUCAUCAUCAUCAUCAUCCUUCUCUUCCUAUGAACUCAAAACUUUACCCUGAUUUACCAUCAAGUGGAUUCAUGUAAAUGUGUGGAGAGCAGCCGGUGUGUCUGUUGGCCUCAAUAAACAAAGACUUCAUGCUGAAAAUGCUUUAAAAUCCGGAUUACAUCCUAAAGAGUUUGGGCUAUUUGCACUUCGUAGGCCGUCUGCGGCAUACAGAUUGGACUGGGCUGGCCAGGCCCUACCCGGAUGUAGAGAAAAGCGUAUUUUGGAAAACUGAGGAGGCUCUGGUUUUCCCCCCACUUACUAAAAGUACAUAUUCUUUUCAGUGGAACUUUAUGUCAGUGUAUUUUUGCAAUACAGUUCUGUAAUAUAUAACAGCAUAAGAUAAGUGACAAGACAAGGCAAACAUUUUAGUUUCCCCUUCACUACUGUACAAUAAAAAUUGUUCCUUAAUAGAGCACUUAUGCCCUUUGAAUAUUAUGGCAUUUUAAAAAAAAAUUAUAAGAGAAAAUUUCAUACCGAAAUCAUUUUAUUUCUUUUUAGAAGGAAAAAUGUCACCCAACGAAAGCACUUACUUUCAAGCGGCAGUCCUGUUCACUGUCUCCAUCCUCUUUGCACUGUAAGAUAGACUGGAUUAGUAACAAUAUGCAACUUUAUUCUCUGUUUCUUUAUACUGCUCUCAUUUCAGAUAGAAUUUAGAAUAUGUAACGUGUCCUGAAGUAGUUGUGAUGUAUUCUACCACUGGAAUUUAAUUUAGUUUGUUCCUUUAAAAUUGACCAUUCAGUUUCUUAGUUCCUAAAUAAUGUAACUAUGUGAUGCAAUCAUUUUCAUUAUAUGUUUAAAUGCACCUUUUGCAGCUGCCCUUAAGUAGCAUCUUCUGUUAUCAAUGGUCCAUCUUCCAACAUUACUGUAUGUUCUGUAUAUACAAUCCAAACCAACAGGCUCAGAUGCCCUUUUAAAGUUGCCAGUAGAGAUAUGCUGGUGUUUCUCAAAGAGGUUACAUGUUUUUCCUGAUGUCCGUUCUGCACCUAUGUAUUUGCAUCAGUGAACAGUGCUGUCCUAAAAUUGAAUCCCUGACACCAGGUUUUAGUAUAAAUUGUGAUUUUCACCUAUUCCCCCCUGUUCUGUUCCACCGUCUGUUUCUGUAAAGCACCAGUGUGCACAGCUUCAGCACUCUGUGCACAUUCACCUCACCUCAACUCUCAUGUUGUUGUUGCUUGAAGACUGAUGUAAAGACGCCCCCGUACACACAACCUCCGUCACAUCCAUCUAGCCUUAGACCAAGAGUUGGCUACAGGGAAUCAUUCAACUGCUGAACAACUAAUACAGUUUGCUUUGUGCAUUUAUGUUGUCUAUUGGUUGCUUGUAAAGCUAUAUCUGCCGGUAGUAACAUUUGAGAGGAGGUUUGUAUUCCCUGCAAAAAUAUCCUGCUUUUAAGUUAUCAAACGGAACAUUUUUUUUUAUAUUUUUCAUGAACUAUUCUAUAAAUAUGGAUGUACCACUAUGCAGCUUAAAUUCUAAGAGAAAUUGCAAUGUAACAUUGAUGUUUCCACCUCACACAGGGUUUUAAAAUCCUCUCCCCACCCCGCUUUAAGAAAUUUAAAGGGACAUCAUCCUAGAGGUUAUUUCGCUAUUGUUUGUAGGUAGCUUUAAGGAAAUUAUCGGUUUUGAUAAAAUAUUUCACAAUGUUUUAUUCUUUUAAAUCACUUUUCUCUCCCAUAGAUGCUAGACUAGAGUGACAUAGGGCAGUAUGUAUCAUCAGAUGAGACUAUGAAGUGGUAGGCAAGUUUUUUAUGUUGCUGAUAGUGUUACAUUUUGUUUUUAAUUUUUAAAUGUACAGAUAAACAAAAUGUUCCCUCCUGUGUAAUUUUUAUUACAACACUACCCUCUAUUUUAGAAAGUCAAAAUGCAAAUACUUAUUCUUUCAUGGUGAUUUGCCCUCAAGUAGAAACCAUUUCGUCAGAACCUUAUGUCCCGAUUCCUGUUAAAAUUGUUAAAGAAUCUUUUUGGGAAGUUUUGUCACCUUGGGUGCUCAUUUGUUACAGUACUAUUGAAAUUUGUUCAUUUCUACAUUUCUAAAUAUAACUUCAUAAAUUUAUUAUAAAAAAAAAGAAAUGUUAUUGCUGAAUGCAAAAUUUGGAAAAUUCACACAAAGGGCAAUGGUUAGGCAUCUCUUUGUUCACAGUGCAGUAUGGUGUAUUAAAAUGACAUGCAUUACUUGACCGCGAGUGCAUGGCAAGCAGGUGCAUAAAAUCAAGCAUGCAGUCUCCAUAGUUAAACAUUCUCAGUAGAAUUUCUCGUACUGCGCUUCUUGGUGACUUUCAAUGUUGUAGUGUCAAUGAGUGCCACCUUUCCUGCAAGUGGAUUCCGAUUAAUUUCUGCCCAGCUAGAACGGGUGGUAUUCAGUAUGCCGGCUGUUGGGAUCCCGGCGCUGGAAUCCCGACACCCGGCAUACCGAUACCUAUUCUCCCUCUUGGAGGUCCAUGACCCACCAGGAGGGAGAAUAAAUAGAGUUGCGUGCCACUGUGCCCGCAGCGUGGCGAGCGCAGCAAGCCCGCAAGGGGUUCAUUUGCGCUCACUCAGCUGCCAUUAUACCGCUGGUUGGGAUCCCGGUGCCGGUAUGCUGGCCGCCGGCAUACCAUACUACACCCACUAGAACUGCCCAUCAGCCUCUAGUGAUGUUGUUGUGAUGUGCAACGCCUGCUCUGUCAUGAAGCAGUAGGCCCAAUAAACUUACAGAAUGGUAUCCGAAAGUCCUGAAAAACUUUAAAAUCAUCUGUCUUAUGUUGCAGCACUCACUACUGGGUUCCAACCUGCCUCAAUGGCAGAAGAACAGUCCAUUGAAUGAGUUACCAUGGCUGAGCAGCCUUAAGCUGGGUACACACCUAUACAGUUGUCACCUCGUUCUUUCAUUUUUGAGCCCUUCGUUCGAUUACGGAAGACUGUGCUCAUGUCCGAUCAUGCUUUGUCUGAAGAAAACCGGUCAAAUCUGAGUAGUUUUCGUUUGUUUCAACAGGACCAGGUUGAACCGAAAGUGCUGUGUGUAUUCAGCUUCGAACGUUUGUAUGUUUGUACACCAAACCAGGGCCGCCUCUUUGGGCUGGCAUAAUUAAACUCCAUUCAGGAAGCAUUUUGUAUGUGUCACGCUACUUUUCAUGUAAACAUUCAUUUGUUCUGUGCUGCUGUAUACAUCCUUUUACCAUUGCCCCCACCACCUAAACUGCAAUCCAGGACUUGCUGGCGUGUGUGGUUCUGCAAGUGCCAAUGUGCAGAAGCAUACACCCUUUUAAAACCUUUUCCCCCCACACUGCAAUUGGGACUUCCGAGCUAGGUCAGAACCAACAGAAUGGACUAGCAACGAACGUACUAGGUCAGAAAAUAAUGAGGUAAUUCUGGUAGGCUUGGUUUGGUCUUGUAAUCACACCCCUUCCCUGCCUAUUAUGCAAAUUUUAGGUACACCCACUGCUACCACUACCUGGAAUCGGGAAAGUGUGUGCGCUGGUACAAUUAUUUCACACAUAUGAUUGUAUAUGUGUGUGCGGUCGAUCGAAUCAUAGCAUCAAAUGUGCGAUUGUACAAGUGUGUACCUAGCUUUAGAUCACAAUUUGCAAUGUCAAAGUCAAGUUGUAUGGUGUAAACACACUGCCAUUGGCUUCUGGAGCAGUGGAAACGCAUUCUCUGAAAUGAUUAAUCAAAUUCUAGUGCAAAUUGAAAGCCUUUCCAUAAGAGUGCAGAUGUUAUAGCAGUAAAGGGGGCACCACCAAAUCCAGGUUAAUGGCCAUAGUGUUUGAAUAAGAUGCUCGACGAGCACAUAUUGGCCAUGUUGUGUAUGUUAAGUUGUGGCCUACUUAUGGAUAUCUUCAUUUUUCCAUCUAUAAAUUACAUCUCCAUUUGUCACAACAAUGUGAGAGGGACAUUUUGCAUAACGGGAGGGGCCUGAAGAGAUCCCUUUACACAGACUGUCUCCAGCGGCGCUGUUACCACUUGUCUCCAAUGCUAAUGCCACCUUGUGUGGUGUUUGUUAUAGGGGUCUAGUUAUAUAAAGGUAAAUUUUUUGGAGUUUGAGAAAAUAGGCUGUUUGCCGUCUCCAUAUACAGCUAGGGGUAAUCACUAGGAUCGACAAUGAACCAGUAUAAUAAAUACAUAGUAAACUUAAAAAUAUUAUAAUCCUGCUAAAUUGAGCGUGUUCACAGGAUUUAAGGGCAUAAUAAAUGAGCUCCUUGAUCCGUUGCAUUAAUAAGUUUUGAAAAUGCUGAUAACCCGUACUGGAGUACUACCAUUUGUAUCAUUUUGUAUUGUAACAUUUUUUUUUUAUAUAAUUCAGUUGACAAUUUUGCUACUUUUGAAGAUGCGUAGGGUCUAAUAAUUAUUAUGCCUUUCCUCUCUACAGUACAAUUAUUAUACAGUAGGUGUACUCAUUGUAGUUUGAGCAUAAAAAACAUUCCGUAAACCUCAAACUUCCCAAACUGUGUGCUAUGUCUCCCUUUGGAGUCAUAUGGAAUAUGCAGGGGUUGGUGGCCCAGGGUCAAAUGAAAGUAUUAGCAUCAUAAAAUGUAGACAUACAGAAAUGCAGUACUGUCCCUUACCACAUACCUGAGUAUACGGGUGACUUGUAAGCAUAUAUACUUAAUAUCUUUAUUUUUUUUCGGAAUUUAUCAGUAAGAAACUUCUGGCUUAGGGGUGCUGUGAAAAAUGUGCUGAUACUCUAAGGCGCUACAAUUCAAGAAAGUUUGGGAACCAUUAGUUAAACUUAUAGGUUACAAUACUGGACUACACACACAUGCUUAAUUAUUGCUUAACACUUAUAAUGUCUCUUGAGAAUAAACUGUUUUCGUCACACAAUGCAAUUUUUCAUAAAUUCGAUUUUUUAAAUUUUAGCAAAAUACCACGUUUCUCUUCAAUGUCACAGAGUUUGGUUUGUAAAAUCUAUUAAAUAGCAUCAGUCACCUACACUUCAUGCCUCAGUAAUGUUCCUGGUGAAUGAAUGAUUGGCUGCAUUCUCAUAAAUAGACUCAAAAUGGCUGCCUUCUUUGGUGUGGGCAACAAUUACAAGUUGUUAUGAAUUAUUACUAUAAAGAUAGGUAUAAUAUAAUUAAAGAUGAAAUUAAAACUUUUUUUUUUUUUUAAAGUCUUUUCGCAUUCACUCCCUGAAAACUAAAAAAAACUUGAUGUAGGUUUGGCCUACCUUGUACUAGUAGUUUUCUUCUAAUUUCUCACAUUUUAAGAUUUGAUUGAGACAUUGCCAAUUAAACGUGAGGCAGUCACUUCAGUGUCCGAUCUCCUUUGUCACUCACGUCAAUGGAGCAUGCAAUAAUUCAUUUUGUUUUAAAUUAAUUUAUUUAAUACAAGUUAAUUCUAUUGAAGGGGGAAAAAAAAUAUAUUUGUUUAUCUCAAAUCUUUUAAAUGUUAAAUUGAUCUUCCCUUCAUGUGAAUCAAUAUUUGCCGUCAUUUAACCACAUUUUGUAUAAAACAGGGUGCAUUCUAAAACUCUUAAAGUAAGGAGAGUGACGUUUUGUAAUAUAUUAAUCAUAAACAAGUAUGUGCUUCCUACUCCGUAUGAGGCUGGGAAUCCAAACAUUACAUUGAUAUAGUAAAAGCCUUUCCAAGCACCAGGAAAACAACCUGUGCCUUAUCUUGUGUUUUUAUGUAUUAUUUACGUGUGUAAAAUAAAUAUAUAUAUAUAUAUAUAUAUAUAUAUAUAUAUAUAUAAAAAAUAAAUCUUUACAUACACAGGAAAUAAAGACUCUAUGCAAUGUUUUCGACUGUCAACCUGUCCAAUUACUGAGGAAGGCAUAUGCAUUAGGGUUUCUUGUACAGUAGAAAUUAAACAGUAUUGAGAUUUUUAUUUGGUUAUAACGUAAUGAAUAAAAGUAUAACAUUGUGUUAUGUUUUAGGUUAUUUUUGUCUUAUUUUUAAGAGCCGCGAUCCAUUAUGGAUUAUUAAAUAUGAAAACAUCCACUAGAGUUUGACUUAUUUUAGUCUAUGCUUGCUUGGAAUGAAGGAUUCCCUGGUUGAAUUUAUUAUCUAUUAUCCUCCAAGCUUUAGUUUAAAAGUGUUGCUGUCACUAAUCAUUGAGGCCUAGCUUAAGAGCCUGUGAUGGAAACUGCUGUGUUAUAUGCCUGUUACACUAAACAUGCCCAAAUGCAAGAUUUUUUUUUUUUCAACAUAAAAACAAAAAUAACAAAAAUGAAGGCAUCAUCAGGUGUACUCAUUGUUUGCAUUUAAUCUCUAACUUUUCUAUUUGCAAAUUACACCAAUGUCAGCUCGAGAUGUUCUAAUAUUGUGUAAAAUUGUGUUCUGAACAAAAAGAAAACAAAAUUCACAAUGACUGCUGCUUUGAGUUGGAGCAUUACUAGUGUGCUAAUUGUUACAUAUUACUAUACCUGCUGAAUUAUAUUUUUUUUUUCCAGAGGAUGUAUAGUGUAAACACAAUUAUGUUCAUAUAUAGUUGCAGAGAUCUUUUUGUGUUGUCAAGACUUCUCUAACACUUUUUUUUUCGUAAGUCUUGUCUUUCACAAAGGUUUAAAAAAAAUUGAAUUUUUAAAAGAAUACGGCUUUGUAUUUUUUUAAUCUAAAAAACAAUCAUUUGAUUUGUAGAUGCAAAAAUGUUUUAAAUAAUAAAAAUUUGUCUAUGUUAAAUUGAUGACAUUGUGUGUGCUGUGUAACUUAUAUGUCAUGAACAAAAGCAGCUUUCUAUGUAAUAUUAUAAUUCUGAAACUAUUUGCCACGGUAUGGCAGAAAAAAAAAUGCGUCAUGUAAAUUGAAUUCUGUGUAAUUAUAAUGAUGCAGAAAACAAUGGAAGAAAUGUCAGUUGUGUUUUUUUUUUGUUUUUUUUUAAUAUUGUUUAAUAAAAAAAAAACAAUUAUGUAGACUGGAAUCGAUUCACUUUGUCAAAUUCACAGCGUUUGUUACCAUUAAAAUACUUCCACACAUACAAUCCUUCUCAUCAACAUUUUAUUAAUUUUAAAAUGUGGCGUUGCUUGAAAAUUUUGUUUUGGAACAAUAAAAAGGCAUUUGUGUGAGGCAACAUCUCACAUACUACAUAAUUUAGCAAUUAAGCUAUAUAUGGAUCUGAGAAUUUAUUAAUACUAUGUAAAAGUGAGCCUGAUUCCUACAAAAUGUUGCGAUUUUGUGGGUUCAUCCAAUGUUUCUGAAAAUCAACCUUUGGGGCCUGAUUCUAAGUUGCAAGCAAUUGCGAUGUUCAGAAAGGUGAGCAACAUGUGUUUUUGCUAUUAUUCAUGCUUGAAAAUUAUAGUGCGCAUGCGUCCCACAGUGUGUACACACAAAGGCGCAUUUGCAAUUCAGAUGCAUGGUAUCAGAAAUCUGGGAGGUGGCUAUUCAGAUGCACAGAGAAGGUUCAUUUUUUGGGAAUGACUGUGAACUGGUUGUGUGCAGAGACACUUAAUCGCUUACUAUGGAAGCAAGUUUUGAUGAUAUAACCGAUGUUUGUGUCUAGAGACACUCAAAGUAGGCAUCCCAGUCCCUGCACUUUCAGACGUAUACUACUACAGCAGGGGAAGGACUGAUACUAGCAUUUGCACAGAAGAGUGCAAAUCACAAUGAGCCUCUUAUUGUCACUUCCCAAUGAUUAGAUAUACUGCAUUCUCAAGAAUAUCGGUUCUGCCACAAAAUGGCCGACUCAGUGAUGAUUACAGUUCCUUGUGAAUUGAGAGGUUGAAUUCUCUUGAAAUAUUGGUUCAUCCAACAAAAUUGUCUUGGUACACUUUAUUGAAGGCUCCAUUUGGAUAUUUGUUGCUCUCAUAAUACUGCUAUAGUCUUUUUGAUAUGGUUGUACAUCAGACAAACCAAAUAUGUGUUGUCCAUAUCACUAAGUGCCAAACAUGUGGUACUGUUUAUGUACUGGUAAUCUUGCAAACAAACAAAAUAUGCUGUACACAAUAUAUCUAAAACAGCUUCUUGCAGUUCAUUGAAACAACUGAGCUAUAAUGGCCCUUAUAUAAUGUGUGUACUUCAUUUAUAACAGUGGGCCUGGUUUAGAGUUGGACAGCAGGUCCACGUGCACCAUGUAAAAUGUGACUUGGUAAAUUUAGUUGCACUGCGCAUGCACGCGGCUUGCUCCUGUAGUUUGUGUAAAGCGUAUCUUACACUUUUUCCAUUGUGCCUAGAGUUGUCUGGCUUGGGGUGGUCAUACACCUCAUAGACGCAUCCAGUUGUGGCUCACUCGUAUCUUUUAGGAGGCGUAUCUGGUGUGCCGUUUCCAUUAUGAUCAGAACAGACUAUUUGUGUGUUUUUUCUUGCACUGAAACUUUCUUAUAUGCAAGUUGCAAAUAUCUUAAAUGAUGCGCAACUCAGAAUACAUACACAGAAAUGUAAGUGUAUGGACACAUUGUGUACACAAGUCGCAGUUUUACAUUUCGCUAUAAGUCAGGCCCCUUUGUGUUUACCAGGUUUAUUUUUGUUUUGUUAUUUUCUGCAGCCUCAAUGCGUAGUAUGUAGCAGUAUUGGAUUUUCCCUUUUAUAUUGUGCUUUUUCUUUUUUUCUCCUUCAUUUUGCAUUGUUUGCACAAAUCAUACCUUUGGUGUUUUAAGGUAUGUUCUGUAUUUCUCUUCCUGGCCUUCAGUUAUAAUCUGUAAGACAUUAUAUAUCGUAAUAAAACCUUCACAAAAUGUAACUUAUUGAUGUCUGUUUUUUUUAAUCAUCCUGUUAACGAUAAACUAUAGUAUCUGUAUAAACUGUUGUGAUGUCAUCACUUAUAAUUGAUACGUUCUGAUAUCAUCACUUUAAUGUUACCUAGCAAACCUUUUGUAUUAUAAGGAAUAAUGCACUGACAACAGUGAAUUUAAUCUGUAAAUGAUAACCCAUCACAUCGGAUUUCUGUUACCUGUAUUAAACCAUACAACCUACAA